UUUUUUUUUUUUUUUUUUUUUUUUUUUUUUUUUCCCCCUCGUGGAAAUCAAUAUAUUCUACCAGAUUUAUUUCUAUCAUACAUGUUGCUAAUUUCAUAUUCUCUUCUAAUAAGAUGAUUGAAGGAGACAUGCUGCACAUGAUUACUCAGUAACUCCUAGUAAAGGCUUACAAAUUAGACAACCAGGGUGCACCUAGAAGUUGAAGUCGAAUACACCCGGAAGUCGAUUAUGGUACGAAGUCGAUUUGCGUUCCUUGGUUGAUCAUCCUCUGGGUACCCCGCAUUCCGCUUCUCCCAAGAGCUUGACUGAACCACAACGGUUGGUCUCCCAAGUCCAAUUGCGACGAUCUAAUCGAGGGACUGGCAUGAUGCAGUUGGGAAUUACAGAACAUCUGCCCGCUCUGGUAGCGAGGCGUUUUACUGCAGCCAAAGAUGCUGGUCACCUUGUCUUCUCCCAGACACACCUUUCCAUCGUCCACGCGGGAGGGAUUCCAUACCAGCUUCGGUAUUGCCCGGCUCUUGCGAAGAAACCCUCCGCCGCACCGAAACAAGCACACGACUCCCCAAAGCCCAGAUUCGACCCUUUCCAAGACCCAUCCCCAGACCUCUUAAUCGCACAAAUCCCCCGGGAUAAUCCGACCCAUUUCCUCGUCUUGAACAAAUUCCCCGUUAUCCCGAACCACUUCAUCCUCGCCACGAAAGCCUGGCAAUCGCAGACCGAUCUUCUCGAGAGAAGGGACCUCGCCGCGGCAUACGCCUGCGUGAAGGAAUGGAGAGAUGAACCCCAAACCAACGGACCCGCAACGCCUCGCAGGUUGUUCGCGUUCUUCAAUUCUGGCGAUGAAAGUGGUGCGAGUCAGCCACACAGGCAUCUCCAGUUUCUCCCAGUGGAGGCAAUGUCCCAAGACGACCCCUCAGGCGCUUGGCGACCGCUAAUUGAUGCGAUCUCGUCGCAACCCGGAUCACCGGACUCAAAAUAUCGAUGCCUGGCACAGCUGCCCCUCGCGCACUUUGCUCUCCCGCUACCGUCGAACCCAUCCGCAGAGGUUCUCCACGACAUCUACAUUUCCUUAUACCGGGCUGCUGCCGCCGCCGCGGGCGUUCCCAAACCCCAAGCCCAAGCGACUACAGGGCCCGCAGUCAUCCCUUAUAAUCUCGCCAUGACAGAGUCCAUGAUGAUGAUCUGCCCGAGGAAAACCCAGCGUGCUUUUAUUUCGGUUGAUGCAGCGGCAUCGAAGGAUGUUGCGGAGGCCGGGGUUGUCGAGCUGAAUGGAACAAUACUUGCUGGGACGCUCAUGGUGAAGGCGGAGGCGGAGUGGGAUGAGCUACGCCAGAAUCCAGACACUCUGACAAAUGUGCUUGCAGAUAUUGGAUUUCCUCAUCCUGAUUCACGACAGAUUUCUUUGUUAUCACUAUAGGGGGAAUGAAUCACUUGGAUGAACGUGGAAGCUUGAUCGCUGAUCAGGUUGGAGACGAAGGGAGGGUGGAAAGGCUUUCCUUCUCCACUGUUUCGUGUAACAUGGCAUCAGCUUGGGGUUGGUCCAGGACGGACUGCUCUAAGGUCCUUGCGAGGAUAUUUAUCAGAACCAGUCACCUGAGAUAGGCGGUGGGAUAUAGGAUCGUUAAAGGGCAUGCAUACAUUAGACAAGAGUUAAUAAUGUACUUAGUUUUGUAAUCACGUGUGCCUCAAGGGGCAUUUAGGAAACAUCUAAGAUUCAC